CCCCAGACGGUGUCUUCGCCAACAAACCAAUUUGUUUCACAUUUUCCAUCUCCCCUCUCCUCUCCCUAUUUAUACAUUCUCUCCACUUUCAAUUCCUUUCACAAAAACAACCCGAAAUUGUUUUCUUAACACCAAAAAAUAAACCACACAAGAAACACAGUUCCCCCCCAAUGGCUUCCUUCAAAACACCCCUUCUUCUCUUCCUCUCCUCUCUUUUCCUCCAUGCAACUCUAGCUGAGAUGGUAUGUGAUGAUUUGCCAAAGGAAUUGUGUGCGUUCUCGAUAGCGUCUUCAGGGAAGAGGUGUCUGCUAGAGACGUAUGUAGAGGGGGAGGGGAACAUGGAGUACCAAUGCAGGACGUCGGAGGUCGUUGUGGUGGGAAUGGCUGGAUGCAUGGAGACUGAUGACUGCGUAGCCGCCUGUGGGGUUGAUCGCAACUCGGUUGGCAUUUCCUCCGAUUCACUCCUCGAACCACAAUUCACCGCCAAGCUUUGCUCUCCCGCUUGCUACCAAAAUUGCCCCAACAUCAUUGACCUCUACUUCAAUUUGGCUGCCGGAGAAGGUGCGUUUUUACCUGCACUCUGCGAGGCUCACCGCAGCAAUCCACGCCGCAGCAUGCUCAUCAUGAGCUCCAGAGCAAGCAAUGUCCAGGAAUUGUCAGAGGCGGUAAUGGCUCCUGCAAGUGCCCCUGCUCCCCAGUAAUCAUGUUGAGUGAAUUUGGGAUUCUAUUUGCGGACUGUGAUACUAUAAAAUAUAAACCUUGUGCUGAUUUUUUCUGUUUCCCGGCCAUAGUGAAAGACAUUUGUAGACAUAUACCAUAAAACACCUCUCAGUAAUAAAAUGCCACAUUUUCU